AGAAUGUGAUUUGGUGUUUCACUAAAUUAGGGAACUAAAUUCAGUUGCUGAGCUCAGAGUUGCUGAGCUCAGUCUUCAGUAACUUCCGUUCUUUUGAUCAGGCGGGAUCCCAGACCACGUUGGGAAUUCAGCAAACUGUUAUUAAUUUUAUUUAAAAUUCAGGAUUUACUGUUCAACCCACUGUUUCAGAAUAACCCUGAGCACCAAAGAGAAUGGGAGAUUGGGGGUUUCUCUCGAGUUUACUGGACAAGGUGCAGUCCCACUCCACUGUGAUUGGGAAGAUAUGGAUGAGCGUCCUCUUCAUCUUCAGGAUCCUGGUCCUGGGAGCAGGAGUGGAGAACGUCUGGGGGGAUGAACGAUCAGACAUGACCUGUAACACCAACACGCCCGGUUGUGAGAGCGUGUGCUACGACUGGAAGUUCCCCAUCUCCCACGUGCGCUUCUGGGUCUUGCAGAUCCUCUUUGUGUCCACUCCAACUCUACUGUACCUGGGCCAUGCUAUCCAUGUCAUCCACCAGGAGAACAAGCUCAGGGAGAUGCAGAAGUCCAAUCAGAUAGUGAAAUCUCCGAAAUACACAGACGAGAACGGCAAAGUGCGAAUCAAGGGGAGGCUGUUGGGGAGCUACCUGACUCAGCUGUUUUUCAAAAUCAUCCUGGAGCUGGCUUUCAUCGUUGGGCAGUAUUAUCUAUAUGGUUUUGUGAUGUUUCCCAGAUUUCUCUGCAAACAAUCGCCCUGUCCGUUGGAGACAGAGUGUUUCAUGUCCAGGCCCACAGAGAAGACCAUCUUCAUUAUCUUCAUGCUGGUGGUAGCAUGUGUGUCUCUGGCCUUAAACGUGCUGGAAGUGUGCUAUCUGUGUUGCAGGAGGAUGUGCAGACGACCUAAAUCUAGAAGUAUGGUGCACUACAACCCACAACACCAUUACAUGCAUCCUCCCUCAUUUUCAAUAGGCCUAGAAGCUGUGGAAAGUCUGAAGCAGAACCGUGUGAACACCAGCAUGGAGAGCAAAUGGGCCCAGAGGAGCAGCAGCCCUGCUGCUCAUGAAGAAAAGGCUGAACUGUAGAAUCGUGACAUAUGAGAGCAGUGUUUCUCUAUCCUGGUCCUGGAGGCACCCUGCCGUGCACAUUUUAGAGGUUUUCCUCUAAAAGACUGAAAUGUAAUUAAUCUGUUGAAUCAAGUGUGCUGGAAGCAGAAAAAAGGCAAUAAAUGCAGGAAGAAGAAGGGAUGCAGGGUUCCUCCAGGACCAUGAUAAAGAAACACUACUCCACAGCCACACAUCUGAAAUGCAUUACUAAAGUCUUACACUAGAGGUCGCAGUGCACCUGUUGAGUGAGAUGAACUCCUUGGUGUUACAGUGUUACAAUGUCUGAAAAUCUGUUUUGACCAAAGUGUUGUAUUCAAAAGCCUCAGACAUAUAUUUCUAGUACUAUUACUCUGCAAUACACUUACUUUACUUGUGUUUUAUAUAUUUACAUAUGUUGCAAAUGUGUUGAAUGCCCAAAUAUUUGAGGAUCAUGUGCAAUAAAAAAAUGAAACAAAAUUAAUCAUACAUAUCUAUAUAAUUAUAAUCAUAUAUAAAUGUAUACAUAAAUAUUUCUUAAAUAUGAGAAAAGCUGAUGUAACUGAUGUACUGGGUCACGCUGUGCAGUUAGUGGAGCAUCUCUGUUGGUGUGUUAUACUUGAAUUAAAGUUUCAGUGUUUUAUCAUUCCCAAACAAGGGUAUAUAUGGCAGAAAUCAAAGUGAUGAAGGUAGAUAUUUCUUUUUUAAGAGAAAAUAUUAACUCUAACCAUGUGUAAAUGUCUGUUCUGACCGAAUUGUUGUUUUCAGAAGCCUCAAAAUUCAUAUCUCUUCUGCAAUGAACAUACUUUUUUUACUACUACUAUCAUUUUUUUUUAUAUUUGAAUUUGUUCUAAACGUGUUUGAUAACCAUAUUUUCUGUGUUUCAAUCAAUAAAUAUAAAUAAAAAAUAUCUAAAUAUAAAAACUGAUGCAAAUGAUGAACUGAGAAAAACUGAUGCAAUUGAUGAACUGAGUUACAAUGUGCAGUUUAAUGGAGAAUCUCUGUUGGUGUGUUCAUACAGUACCAGUGAAAAGUUUGGACACAUCUCAUUCAAUGAUUUUCUUUAUUUAAAAUGUGAUUAAAACCCCCAAUAUAUUUCAUUA